GGCGGAUGACGAGGUAAUGGUGGUGUAACAUGCAUCACAGACCGUUUUCUUUUAUCUUUUCUCUGCUUCUCUGUCUUUAGUUGCUCACUUACGACCCUCUCAAUGUCUAUAGAUCUCACCUCGUGGCUAAAGAGACCUCGGAUGGAGGUCGACGUGCUCGGCGAUCUGACAGUAAUGCCUGGUUCCGGUGUUCCAGCUUCCGGGGUUGGGCAGCUGAGGGCUGGCUGUUUGAUUGAACACACAACUCUGUUUUGGUUACAUUUGUUGAAAGUAAUGAGUGGUGAAGAUUGUAACCCUGCAGCCACACCCACCCCCUGUCAGGACGCACAGGGAGACGGUCGAUGGAUGUCAUUGCACAAUCGCUUUGUGUCAGACAGUAAGGGAAAAGAGCCUGAUGUUCUGUUUGUUGGAGAUUCACUCGUACAGCUUCUGCAUGAGUUCGAGGUUUGGAGAAAAUUGUUUUCUCCUCUUCAUGCCUUGAACUUUGGAAUCGGAGGAGAUGCUACACAGCAUGUACUAUGGAGACUCAGUAAUGGGGAACUGGACCAUAUCAGCCCAAAGGUGGUAAUAUUGUGGGUGGGCACUAAUAAUCAUGGUCACACCCCGGAACAGAUCUGUGGAGGCAUCAUGGCUAUCAUCAAUGUGAUUCAUAAGAAGCUGCCCCAUGCUCACACUCUCAUAUUGGGUGUGCUGCCGAGAGGUAAGAGUCCAAACCCGCUUCGUGAGCGUAAUGCGAGUGUGAACGCUCUAGUGCGGUCUGAGAUAGCAUCCCUGUCUCAUUUCUCAUUUCUGGAUGUGGAUCCUGGGUUCAUUCAGUCAGACGGUUCCAUCUCACAUCAGGAUAUGUACGAUUAUCUGCACCUCACACCCCAGGCCUAUCAGAGGGUGUGUGAGCCACUACACGAACGCAUCAGGUCUCUGUUAGAUAAAUAGGCCCUGCAAACACGAAUACAACAAUAUUCAGCACAGCCACCCUGUAUCGCACAUUACCUGUGUGCUAAACAGAGCCCAUGUUAAAACACCCUCAGGAAAUUCAUGACUGUUUAAUAGACACAGCGUCACACGCUUUUCAUCAAUACGUGUUAUUACAUUCCUCGUUUUACUAAAAAUAAGUCUUUGUUUUUGUUGUGAAUUUGGAUUUACUCUCUAUAUGCAAAUUGGUUAGGACAUUCUAAAGGUCUGCACAUACAUCAAAAGGACUGCCAUGACACAGCCUGAUAUAUUCUAGUUUAAUGAUGAUAUAUUGAUAUAAUCUUUAUGACCUCUGAUGUGUAACAAAUAUUGAAGUGUACAUAAGGGCUACAUGCUGCUAUCAUGGUUAAGGUCAUGACAAAUUUCCUUUCAUGUUUGUGUAGGAAACAGAACUAAAUAAACAUUCUAUAUAGCCUUUUCUGGCAUUGAGAACUAUCUGUUUAUUUGCUGAAUAGAACAAUAUGGGCUAAUAUCAGUUCUCAUAUACAGCUGUUCCUGGGGCGGUACCCUUUCAAAAAGUGCACGUUACACCUCAAGAGUGCAAAUGCAUGUAUCUGUACCUAAACUGUACAUGUUUGUACCUUUUUAAAGGUCUCGUUCCAGUGACAGCUUUUGUACCUUUUUCUGAGAGUACUUUACUAUAAGAACUUUUCUGAGAUGUUUUAGGAUUGCAUGCCUUAACUCUAUAUGAUUCCAUAAGGUUGUUUUGCAUCUUUCACUGAUGAUUUGUUGUCAAAUAUUGAUUUAGCCGCAUUGUCUAUCUCAGUAAUUUUGUAUUUGUUGUUAUUUUGGGAACAAAGUGGGUCUCCAUAUAUGUCUUCAUGUUUUUAUGUUUUGGUGUAGUGUUUUAUUUUAGUUUGUGGUCAGCUGUUCUUUUUAAGCAAGAGUCGGCAGGUAAUUUUUAUGUACCUUUGCCUCUGGGGUGUUUGAAAGAGUUACACGAUGUGAAUGAAAUUAAAAAAAUCUUGUAACUAAAGUCAAGCAGUGAAUGCUCUUUAAAUUACAGCAAAUCUAUUGUCAAUUUCUAAUAAACACGAAAUUCAAAUGGUAGGGAAUCAAUCCAUAAUUUCAUUUCUAGGGGUGUUAAAACUACAUACUUUUAAGUGAUGGUGAUCACAUUGUUAUUCUCUUGUAUGUGGUUUAUCUGCUGCUCUGUCCUGGUGUUUGUAAUCAUACUUGCCUUGUCUUUAAGGAUGUUUGUGAACAUUGUCAUCUUCCAGUAAUUAAGUGAUGCUCUUGCAACUGCAUUCCUUCAAUUUGAUGUAGUAUGAAAGUGGCACUGUGAUAAACCUUGCUACAUUGUAAAAUAUCUCAAUGGUGGAAUAAAACCUGAGAAACUGUU